GAUCUGAGAUCUAUUAUGCAUGUGAUUCAGAGUGUGUUUUUUUGUUAUGUUUCUAUCGAUUUUUUUGUUGUUAGGCUUUCUGUGAAGAGAGGUGCUCCGAGCGAGAAGGAUGGUAAAAAGCCAGCGGCGAAGAAGGGGAAGGUUGCCAAGGACCCUAACAAGUCGAAGAGGCCUGCUAGUGUUUUCUUUGUUUUCAUGGAGGAGUUUAGGAAAACGUACAAAGAGAAGCAUCCUAACAACAAAUCCGUAGCCGCCGUUGGUAAGGCUGGAGGAGAUAAAUGGAAAUCUUUGUCAGAAGCUGAGAAAGCUCCCUACGUUGCGAAGGCAGAGAAAAGGAAGACCGAAUACAAUAAAACUCUUGAAGCUUAUAACAAGAAAAUGGUUGAGGGUCCAGCUGAUGAAGAAGAGUCUGACAAGUUGAGGUCGGAGGUGAACGAUGAGGAUGACGAAGACGAUGAGAGUGGGGAGUUCUACGCUCUGUCUUGGCUGGUCAUUGUUGAUGCAAUGAUCAUCUUGAAGAUUGUGUCCAUGGGUAGGAAGAAGUUCAGUGCAGAUUUCCAGCUGAUGUUCAGACUUCUCAAGCUGUUCCAGUUUAUUGGAUCCGUGGUCACUGUUGUCAUUUUGUUCGCAUUCCUUAGUCUUACUGUUUAUUUUAUUGCUUUUUUUUUUUUAGCUAACCAAAAUGAGAUUUUAAUCCUUGUGUUUAAUAGAAAUAAUAAUUGAUGUAAUUGUUGUUUGGACCUUAAGACGUGAAUUAUUUACUAUCAGUAUCUUCUUACACUUCUAUUGUCAUGUACAAAACUCUAUAUUUCACAGAAAUAUAUGUGCUUAUUUUCAAUUUC